AUGGGCGGCGCUAGAUGGCUGUUUCUACAGCUGCUGCUUGACCACGGCUGCCGAGUGGCCUCAGCACAGGAUGAGGAAUCCACACUGGGCUUCCUGCCACUUGGACCCAUGCCGGCCGUGCCGGGUUCGGCAUGGGUGGGGACUAUGUCUUUCCACUCAUGGACUUCGUGGCAUCCGAGUCAGAGGACAUCGACCAUGAAGUUGCGCGGAUUGACGCUCAAUUGGCACGUGUUGGCGAUGCACGGCAGCAGGCGUGGCAUGGAUGAUUCCGGUCUGCCAGCAGAUAUGUAG